CGAGGCUCAAGCAUCACUAGACGGGGGGAGCUCGCAGGUCUGCACCUUUUUAGCGAAGCAGCGCAGCCAUGCCGGCAAAUUCCGAGAAGGAGCCCACGGAGCCUUUUUUUGUUUCCCCAGGGCGCCUCCCCCCGACCCUCACAGUAAGUCAAAGGGCAGCUUGACUUGCAGCGACCGGCUCGCAGAUGAGAUGCAGCUGGCUUGCGUCCUUAACGCUGGCUCGAGGUUCAAGCGUCAUUAGACGGGGGGGGAUCUCGCGGGUCUGAGCCACUUCAGCGAAGCAGCGCAGCAAUGCCGGCAAAUUCCGAGAAGGAGCAUCUGUCCAUUGUGAUCUGCGGCCAUGUCGACAGUGGCAAGAGCACCACCACCGGCCGCCUGAUCUUCGAGCUGGGCGGACUGCCCGAGCGCGAGCUCGAGAAGCUGAAGGCGGAGGCCGAGCGCCUGGGCAAGGGCUCCUUCGCCUUCGCGUUCUACAUGGACCGCCAGAAGGAGGAGCGCGAGCGCGGCGUGACCAUCGCUUGCACCACCAAGGAGUUCUACACCGAGAAGUGGCACUACACCGUCAUCGAUGCCCCAGGCCAUCGCGAUUUCAUCAAGAACAUGAUCACCGGCGCUUCCCAGGCGGACGUUGCGCUUAUCAUGGUCCCGGCCGACGGUAACUUCACGACCGCCAUCGCCAAAGGCAACCACAAGGCUGGCGAGAUCCAGGGGCAGACUCGCCAGCACUCCCGCUUGAUCAACCUGCUGGGCGUGAAGCAGAUCUGUAUUGGCGUCAACAAGAUGGACUGUGACACCGCCGGAUACAAGCAGUCCCGCUAUGACGAGAUCGCAAACGAGAUGAAGAGCAUGUUGGUCAAGGUUGGCUGGAAGAAGGACUUCGUCGAGAAGGGGACGCCGGUGAUGCCCAUCUCUGGCUGGAUGGGCGACAACCUUCUGAAAAAGUCUGACAACAUGGGCUGGUGGAAGGGCUGCGAUGUCGAGUACGGCAAGGAGACCAUCCACGUGGACACCGUCUACGAUGUGCUUGACGUGAUGUGCCGCGUGCCGGAGCGUCCCACCAGCGCGCCAAUGCGCAUGCCGAUCUCCGGCAUUUACAAGAUCAAGGGUGUCGGCGAUGUGCUCGCUGGGCGCGUGGAGCAGGGCGUGGUGAAGCCGGGCGAGGAGGUAGUGUUCCUUCCCACGCACACCGCUUCGAAUCCGUGCACUGGCAAGGUGUUCACCGUGGAGAUGCACCACCAGCGCGUCGACUUUGCCAACCCUGGGGACAACGUUGGCCUCAACAUCAAGGGCCUCGACAAGAACAACAUGCCCCGCUCGGGCGACGUGAUGGUCUACAAGAAGGACACCACGCUGGGUCAGACGAAGGAGUUCGACGCGCAGAUCCAGGUGCUCGAUAUCCCCAACGAGAUCAAGGUCGGAUACUCUCCGAUCGGAUUCGUGCGUUGUGGGCGCGCGGCGUGCCGCAUCAGCAAGCUGAAGUGGAAGAUGGGCAAGGAGACGGGCGGCAAGAAGAUGGAGGACCCGCACUCCCUCAAGUCCAACGAGAUGGCUCAGUGCAGCUUCCAGCCUCAGCAGCCGCUGGUGUGCGACACCUUUAAGAAUUGCGAGGGCCUGUCGCGCGUGGCGUUCAUGGACGGCAACGGCGUUGUGAUGCUUGGCAAGGUCAUCUCGUGUGAGCGCAAGGAGGAGGGCGGCGCCGGCGGCAAGAAGAAGUAAGCCUGGAGAGAUAUCCCGUAGUUGACGCGAUCUUGUUUGACCACACACAGUGCCCAUGGUCUUCCCGCCAUUUCUGAGAGAGCGUGUGCCCGCCCCGGCCGUGCCAUAGGUUUUGGUAUGACAUUCGCUUGGCAACGGGUGGCGCCAUCUACUGUGGCUACGGUAGGAUUAGCACCGUAAUAACCAUAUGUGAACUUGCGUAUGUAUGCGUGCCGUAAGCUGUUCAUGUUGUGUACAAGAUGUCCACCGCUCGCUGCGCUUCGCUGAUCAAACGUUGGAACUAUGAUGCACGCUGAGCGUCCUGGAUCAUGUGUCUCAUGGUAUGUGUAGGACUCGGGGACUUCGCGGGGUUCCUCUGCCGUAUCGAGAUCGUGAGCUUCAUGAAGCUCGGAGGUUCUUAUCGGUCUCGUGCUGUUCUCCGGCUUUGCGGGGCUCAUGACUUGCAGUGUGGCCGUGGUGGUCAUGCUGGUUUUGUGGGGCUGUAGUGGCCGCGGACGCACAUGAGUCAGAGGGGGUCUGAUUCCCCUGUCCCAUCCCAC